AUGGCCACCAAAAAAUCAAGCAGUAUCCAACAAUUAUUACAGGCCGAACAAGAAGCCACCGAAAUUGUUAAAGAAGCAAAGAAGCAGAGAUUACUCAAAUUGAAGGAAGCUAAAGAUGAAGCAGAGAAGGAACUUCAAAAAUUCAGACAAGAUAAAGAAAAGUACUUCCAAAAGUUCGUAAAGGAACAAAUUGAGGCAGGUGGAUCCAAUACUGCUCUCCAACAAAAAAAAGAAUCAAAUUAUUAA